GGCAAGCGCGCGCGCACGCCACCGUGUUUUAGGUUAGAAUUGGCGCGGUUUCGCUGGCCAGGUGCACUCGCCGCCCCCGCUCGCACGCCGCGCUCCGUCUCUGUCUCGCUACCUGACAGCUGUUUUCUCUCGGGAGAUUAUUAGUCAGAUGUUUCUGUGAACCAGUCGGUGCUCACCUGACGCGAUACUAUGGCAGCGGGCGGACGUACACCCAAGCAACGGAGGUUCGAGAUAGCUUCUAGUAUGGCUCUUAGAACCGCAAAUACUCCUAGAAGGAGACGGGGUAGCUGCAAGUGUUUAUUUGGAGCCCCGGAUAGAGACGAAACAAGGCGUCUCAUGGCGGAACAGUACGCUAGAGAUAGAAAAAGAUUCAUCCGAAGAUUCAACUUUGACGUCGAAACAGAAUGCUCUUAUAAGGGGAGUAAAUUGGAUUCGCCUGUUAAGUUUUGUGACGGAGAUAAGGAAAAUGGAAGUCCUAGGACGGGAGCAGAGGCAUUAGCGUGUGUUGAAAACACUGAUCUCCGGAUGCUAGGGUCUCCUUCAAGACGCAGUGCUGGAAGCUCGCCAAGAACCCCGUCGAAGACUCCUAGAACUCCGAAGACUCCUCGUGCAUCAAGGACUCCGAGGACCCCGCGUACUCCAGCGUCUAGGAGACAAUUGCAAAUGACAGAUUACUGGACGUUAAGAAAACAUUCGGAUUCAGCGUCGAGUGACAAAGAAAAUUAAUUUAAAUUAAGAUAAAAAAUAUUGAUAUAUGACAUAUCAUGUUCUAAAUUAUUAGAGAGAACCAAUUUAUUAAAUAUUUAAUAUAAUAAGCUUAGUGUAGGUCUUUAUUGAUUUCAUACAAAAUGCAUUAAUACACAUUAAGUAGCUUGGCGUUUCUGUUAAAUAUAAGUAAUAAAAUAAAUAAUGAAUGUAUUUAAAAAGAUUUUGUAAUAAUUUUGAGGAAAUAACAUAUGAGUUAUAAUGCUUAAAAUAGUUUUUAUUGCAAAAAUAUUAGGCAUAAAAUUAAAAAAACAGAAGAUUUACAUUUGUAGUUAGAGGCUAACAAUGUAAUAAUUUGGAAUAUGGAAAAUUUUAAAGUAAAAUUUUUAUUUAAUUAUAAUAAUGUUAUGAAUUUACAUUAACAAAAAUAUGCAAGAUUUAUGAUAAAGUCCAUUAGAACUAGAAAAAUAAUUAAGUUCCCUUUAUGUAGAAUCUAGUCUGUGAUCUCUGCAAUAAUAUUUUUUUAACUUUGCGUAAAACUUGAAUAGGUAUAAGAUAUCAUAAACCUAUGAAAACAUAUUAAAGCUUCCUAAUAAUUUCUUAGCUGUAAGUUAGUUUAUGUGUAAGUUCUUUUUUAUAUAAUAAAUCAAUUGGCACAGAUAAAAUAAUUUAUAUUAUCUGUGGUCACAACUUCAUGUAAUAAAUUCGAAUGAAAUUGAAUUUCCGUUUCUUUUCUUUGUUAUUAUAAUUAACACUUAAUAUAUUUUAUCAAUAUAAUACAUAAUAUGAAAUAAUCCACCGUUAUCAUGCCUUAGGCAAUACGAACCACCGAAUAUUUAAUCUUAAAUAUAAAAGUGGCACUUAGCAAAUCUUGUCUUGUGCAGGGUUACCAUAUGAGGAAGUUAUAAUUGAAAUAUAAGAAAAUUAGAACGAUUUCAUCCCGAGGUUUUUAAUUUUUGUGGCCUGUGCUCUCAGUUUAAUAAUGAAUUAUAUUAAAAUAACCCAAUGUAUGAGGCCAAAUCUUAAUUGAAUUAGGUGAAAUUAAUAAAAUUUUAUAAGUAAAAACUAAAUGUUGUAAUACGCUUUUUACGAAUAAUAAAUCAUUUUAAUAAUUAUUA